AUGGGCCACACUCCGCUCAGACUCGGCGUCUCCUGCCGCGGCCGCGCAGCAGGACACUGGAUACGGUUACAGUCACACGGCAACCCUAUCGGCCCGGUCCUAACACCCGCCAUCACGCCAUUGACGCCGUGUUGGAGAGAAGUGCACGAUGGCGAGAAAGGCUCAGGGAUCGUGUUUCAGCGGCGAAGAGGGCAAACGAGUCACACUGGGCAGAGAGAGGAGCACGGGAUGCUAACCGAGCUAGCUUAA